AUGGACGUGGACGCACUGCGACUUGAGGUCCCCCGUGCGGUGGCAUCCUGUGUGCUGGGACUGCAUGGAGCUGCCAAGAGGGAGCUUGAGACCGUCACAGGGGCAUCGGUGCAAGUGCACGUCGCGGAGGGUCGGCUGGAGCUCUCUGGCAAACCUUCAGCAGUACAGGCGGCGCAACAACUUCUGGCCGAGAGGGUGCGCUACGCUGCCUACGAGGUGCCGAGGGAGAUUGCCAGCGCUGUGUUGGGGGAGCGCGGCCAGACACGGCACGAGCUGGAGAAAUCCUCUGGUGCGCAUAUUUGGGUGGAGCUGCGUGACGCUGGCAGCUCCACGGUCCAGCUGGCGGGCUCUGCAGCGGCCGUGGCCCUGGCGGCGUCGGCGUUGGACGCGCGCUUCUUCCAGGACUCCCUCGACCUGCCACUCUUCGCAGAACGACGUGGCAAGGAGGUCAUUCGGCAGCUACGAGAGACGAUCGCACGCGAAGGGCGCUCGCAAGACUGCCGGCUGCACCUGGAGAGGAUGGCUGAUCGCUGCUGCGUGAAGUUCAUCGGGAGCCGUGAGGUCGUGGCCAAGGCAAAGGCGCUGACGGAGGGCGCCAUUGCGUUUGCGGAGCUGGUGGUCACGAAGGACGAAGCGCUCCAGAUCAUUGGCAAGGGAGGCUCCAGGAUCAAGCGGCUCAGGGAGAAGACGGGGACCCACCUCGAAGUGGUGCUGGAUCAGGAUCCUUGUCGGGUUCAGAUUGCGGGAUCGCCGCAAGCACUGGCAGCCACCCAGGAAGAUUUGAAGACAGACGCGCCCCGCGCGAGCCCAGCACCGCCUGCUGACAAGCCAGUGGCAAGACCACUGCCUGCAACGUCGGCCAUGGAUACCUCUGAGGCUGCGCAGCAGCCUGCUGCCACUGGCAAGCACGACAAGGUGCUGAUUGAUGGCUUGGAUGUGCUCCACUUCCGCAACACCUCUGGCAGCAGCAGGGUCUCUUGGCCUCAGCUCUUUUCUGCUGCCGCUUUCUUCGCUGCGAAGGCGCACUGUAUCCAGAUCUUCCUGCCGCUGGAGGCCGACCUCGACCCCCAACAGUGCGAGAGGCUUAGGGCUGCUUAUGGGCCGGAUGCAGUGGUCAAGGCUGACGCCUCACGGUCGCUGAUUCUCUCUGCUGCUGAAGUGUUGGCUAGUGCGGGGAGGCCAUGCCUCAUCGUUAGCAAUGCGACGGGAGGUGGUUUCGACGACCCGUGGGUUCAAGAGCAUCGCGUGGGAUAUGCAUUCUUGGAUACUGAGACCUUCGUUCCAGCCUGGCCGAGCAAGGCGGCAUCGAAGAAGCCGGCAGAAGGUUUUUUCCACAAGCGGUCCAUGUUCGUUGGGGGGAUCAUGGACAAGAAGGAGCGCUGCAUCGACUGUACCCGCCCCGUUUGGGACGGCCACGUCUCCAUGAAGUGCUCAAAAUGCCGCAUUCCCGGAGCUGGCUCCAAGCUGCACGUCGAUGUGGAGGCCGCGAAGAGAGUGAUCCUCCACACCACUGGCGUGGCGGAGCCGAAGGCCUUGCAGGACGCGGCAGCUAGCAAUCCCAGGGUCACCAUCAGCAGCAGUGACUCAGAGGCCAAGAAGCAGAGUUCGAAGAAGCCUGCCAAGCAAGAUAAGAAGGAAAAGAAGCUCAAGAAGCUGAAGAAGGCCAAGAAGGAGAAGAAGGACAAGAGCAAGAAGAAGGGCAAGGAAGACACAAGCAGCUGA